UGAGAACGAACACUGCGAAAGUCAUCUCGUAGGAAGAUCGGCCAGUGUAGAGAUUGGUGACAUUUCAAUCCUUUUCUGAGAAUUAACAAAAAUCCUUUUUUUUCAUCGUCCUAUCGUGAAACGGAAAUUAUUGUUAAUUCGAAACUCGGAUCGCGUUGCAUCCUUAUCUUCCUGUGUGUCGCGCGAUCUUACAAGAAGAGAGAAGAACGCUCAAAGUCGCGUGAGUUCGCUUGAGUGAACUGCGCGAAGUAUCCUAUGAUGAACUAGUGAAUCUUAUCGUCACGUGAUCUCGCGAGUUAAGUUCAAAAGUUAACUUCAAAAUGAACAUCACCACGUCGCCGAUUGACAGGAUGUCUAACAUCUAUAACAACUCCGUAGUGCGAUACUGGCAAUUUCUAUUCCACGACUUAUCUGAUCCUCGAACUAGGGACUGGUUUCUCAUAUCAUCGCCCGUACCCGGUCUUAGCAUCUUGAUUGGCUAUCUUUAUUUUGUAUUGUCAUGGGGUCCGAGAAAUAUGGAACACCGAAAGCCGUAUCAGUUAAAAAACACUCUAGUCGUAUAUAACUUCUUACAGAUUCUUCUUAGCACAUGGUUAUUUAAAGAAGGCUUGGAAGGAAUAUUUUUCCAUAAUUAUAGCUUUACAUGCGAGGGGGUGGAUUUUUCGUACAAACCAUAUCCUCUAAAAGUCGCAAGAGGCGUUUACGUUUACUUUCUGGCGAAACUCACAGAGCUUCUCGACACGGUAUUCUUCGUAUUGCGCAAGAAGGAUAAGCAAAUCACUUUUCUUCAUAUGUAUCAUCACACUGUGAUGCCAAUGAUAUCGUGGGGCGCUACAAAGUAUUAUCCCGGUGGUCACGGCGUUUUUGUAGGAAUUAUGAAUAGCUUCGUGCAUAUUAUCAUGUACACUUAUUAUCUCCUGGCAGCAUUGCUACCUCACGAUCUGCAAAAACAGUAUCUCUGGUGGAAGAAGUACAUUACUACUCUUCAAAUGUCCCAAUUCUGUGUGGCCUUCCUACACAACUGCCUAUUGUUAUUCUACGACUGCAACUAUCCGAAAUGGUCGGUCAUUCUGGUGUUGCCGAACGCGAUGUUCUUCUAUUUCCUGUUUUCGGACUUCUAUAAUAAUGCUUAUACUUCCAAGAAGGAAAAUGGCGCAGUGCCGUCGAUUCAGAACUCGGUCAAAGCGAAUGGCGUCGCGGAGAAAGUGAGCGACGAGAUACCGAACGGAAAAAGGAAAAGCGAUUAAAUGGGUGCAGCCGAGGAAGGAAACGAUGCGAUUGCAAUAAGAUGGUCACUACCAUUUCACUUGACUCGCAAUCCCGCUAUCCUGCUAUUAUAGACGACGUAUCAACUGUAUUUCCUGCUGGGAUGUUCAAACACACGUAAAAAGACAAAAUGUAAAUUAAAAAACGUAAAGACGUCCAGACAUUCGCGUAAAUUGAACACAUCUGACUAUUUGACAAUUAAAUUUUCAAACUUUUUAUGUUUUAUUUUUUUAAUUUAUAAACAAAAGCGAUCCAUUCAUUACGUAUCUUCUUAUACG